UACCUCCCAGGGCUGCUAGACAAAAGUGAUCUGUGCUGUGUGUGGCAGUGUGUGCCUAUAAGCUCAGCACUUACUUGGGGGGUUGAGAUGGGAAGAUCACACGUUCCACGCCAACCAUAUAUAGGGAGAUCCCCAUCUCCAAAAGGGAAGCCUUCACGAUGGCUGCUUAAUGCACAGAGGAGCCUGGACUGUGACAUUAUCAGUAAUGGCCAUGCACAGCUGCUUUCUGAUGGUUGUGACUGACAAUGGCUUAAGUGGGUCGGGUCAACCUGCUCCUAUAGGGACUGAAAGAAAGGGCGGUUGGGGGCUCUUCAUGUGACCAUAGUGACCAAAUGGUAACAGGCGUGAUGCUGUCCCCUUGAGAAGCACAGCUUUUCUAGAAAGGUCUGGCAAAGAUGGGCUCUUUUGGUGCCACAAGGACACACAACAGUUCCCCAACGACCUCACAGUCCCAGGCCGAGCAUCAUGACAUAAUGUGCAUGUCUCCUCCUCUCUGUCUGGUUUGUAUUAGAUCCAUGUAGCAAGCAUGUGCUCUCCCAUACACAUGCCUGCAUACACUCUGUUCUUAUAGACAUGCACACAGAUCCGUGUGUGCCUGCAUCUCUCUCUGGUUUUUACUCCAUCCACGUAAUAAGCAUGUGUGUACACGUUACUCCUUCACGCACACCCCUGCUCUUGUGCAUACAGUCUUGAAACACAGAUGUAUGAACACAGUUCCAUGCAGCUCUCUUUCAUCUCAUCACCUGUGAGCAGCAAGCUACAUUGUUGCAGCUCUCACCUCGGGUCAGGCUACACUGUUGCUUUUCAUGCACUGGCAGGGGACCCCCUCCUCCCCCUUUGUUCUCAGCUGCUCUUUUCUGCAACCUCCCCCCACACCUGCGUCCUAACCUUGCCUCCCUCCCGGGGUGGAGUGUUACCUGCUAUUGCCCUUUGUCCUGGGUCCACCCUGUCUGUGCAUUUAGUGAUCUUUAGUGACAUCCCUGGCUUGUCCCCAGCUGCAGAUGGGUAGCACCUCUUCUAUUUAGUUGUGAUGACAAAAAAUCAUCUCCAGACCUUACCAGAUGCCCUCUGCAGUCAUACUUUGACACGCAUACCCCCACAAGAAAACCCCCACAGCGUACCCACAACAUCCAAGGUGUUCAGGACGGAAACCAAGGGUCAAGGAGGGGAUGCCAGUGGGCAGAGGUUGGGAAGAAAUCUGGUGAUCGUGGUUUUGAGUGUAUCCUGUACUGAAAACCCCGUGUACACUUGUCUCCAGGGCUUUGCACACUCUCCUCCAGCUGUUCGGAGCGGCCUGUGCCCUCCUGACCUUGUAGGUUUGCUGUGAAUCUCUUGUGGUUUCUGUGGGUGCCCAGGCACCCGCACCUGCAACCUCUGCUUCCGGCCACAGCCGCCUUUCCUUACAAGUAUGUCUGCAAAACUCACAGAAAUGCAGAGAGACACAGAGCGAGCAGCUCAGCUGAGCCCCUCUUCCGAAGAUGAAGCCUUGGUUUUGAGGCAGAAGCCUUCAGAGACGCAAUCCCCAGAGGAGGACACUGUCACUCUGCAGCAGUGGAAGGCGCGGCAGCUGCAGCGCCUGGCUGAGGAGUUGAAGGCAGAGUGGCAUGAGGCCCGGCUGCAGCAGGUCCGACAAGCCGAACGCCUCUACUUGGCCCACCUGUUGGACGAGGCAGCAGAGCGGGCCGUGGGAAGCGACUCUGGCUUGGAUGAACAGAACCAGAGAGGAACACCAAAACACACAAGGGCUAAGGAGAGAAACCGAGCAGCCUACAGAGAGGAGAAGGGCCGCAGGGAGGAGCACUCCAGACAUCACCCCAAGUCCCGGAAAAAGGCAUCGUGCACGGAGAGACGGACUUCUACCAAAGCCCGUGGCCCAAACCCUGUUGAGAAGGGUAAAGGGAGACGGGUGUCUUCAAGUAAGGGCCGUGGUGGAUACCAGCCCUUGGGCCCUCGGGUGACCAGAAGGGCAGACAUGGGGAAGUUCAACCCAUUCUUUGAUGGUAUUAGAGAAACUGAAUUCGGGGAAGAAGUACAGAAGGAAUUCUUCCGGGAGGGGAGGCGGCCCUCACCAAAGGGGACUCGACUUGCUCACAACCUCAGGGACCAGAGUCUGCAAGGCAAAGCAACAGUCCUAGAAGAGUCCUUGCCCCUUGACCAUACCUUCAAACAAGGGGCUGAAGCCCAGGGGCACCCAAGCAAGUACAACAACAGGAAUCAGUGGCACAAAGAAAUUGAAUCUACCUUCGAGGAAUUGUUUAACACAAAUAGGAAGCUGAAGAAACAUCUGAAUUUGCACCUUGAACAGAGGCUCAAGGCGGACCAGAAUCCAGAUGAGCAACAGAGCUACUCAGAGAUUCGGAGUGAGAACUUUGGCAUCCUGAGAGAGGAGGAGAAUACGGAGGAGCCAGAAACCACCAAGGAGCCUGAGAGCCCAACAGAGGUUGAGACUUCUGAGAUGUGGUCCAAAGUCAAUCUGAAACAGAUACUGAGUGACACGGAGUACCCCAGGUACCAACAAAUGGCAAAGUGCCCAUUAAAGAAUGAAAGCCUAGUGCCUGUUAAGGCAGGAACAUCUAGAGAACAAGACGACUUGUUCUCACUCAGUCCAGAGUCGGUACAGGAGACACCCACAUCACCUGUGGUGGACGACGACGAUAGUCUCAAGCCUUACCUGCAGAAACAGGCAGACUGUGUAUCAAGCUGGAUGGCUUUGAGGCAAAAGCAGAAGGCAGAGUUGGAGCAGAGAAGGCAAAAGACACUUUUGGAGCUGACAGAACACCCCAACAUGAGCUUGGAGAUCCAUUACAAGGCUGAGCUGGAGGAAGAACGCAGGGAGCGUAGACGGAUGCGUUUGGCUCUCCUUAAAUCGUAUCCCACAGGGAUCCAGGCCCCGCCUGUUGAACGAAAUAUUUCUCUGGACAACGGUCUUCUCGAUGAGGACAAACAGAACCAGAUGAUCCGUGACCUUCAACAGCAGAUCUUAGAGCAAAACAAGAUACACCAGGAGUUUUUGGAAAAAGCCAGGAAACGCUUGCAAGAGUUUCAGAAAACAUUUUAAAAGCAGACCCACCCAUGAUAAAUACAUCCCUGAUGGCUGCUUUGCCUGUACCAUG